AUGGGGAGUGGAGAGCCUAAUCCUGCUGGCAAGAAAAAGAAGUACCUCAAGGCUGCCCUGUACGUGGGUGACUUGGACCCAGAUGUUACUGAGGACAUGUUAUAUAAAAAGUUCAGGCCUGCUGGCCCUCUGCGCUUCACCCGAAUCUGCCGUGACCCUGUGACCCGCAGCCCCCUGGGCUAUGGCUAUGUUAACUUCCGCUUUCCUGCAGAUGCUGAGUGGGCCCUGAAUACCAUGAAUUUUGAUUUGAUUAAUGGCAAACCUUUCCGCCUCAUGUGGUCUCAGCCAGAUGACCGCUUAAGAAAGUCUGGAGUUGGAAAUAUAUUCAUCAAAAACCUGGACAAAUCCAUAGAUAAUAGGGCCCUUUUUUAUUUAUUUUCUGCUUUUGGGAACAUUCUCUCCUGCAAAGUCGUAUGUGAUGACAAUGGCUCUAAGGGUUAUGCCUAUGUGCACUUUGACAGCCUGGCCGCUGCCAAUAGAGCCAUCUGGCAUAUGAAUGGGGUGCGGCUCAACAACCGCCAGGUGUAUGUUGGUAGAUUCAAAUUCCCAGAAGAGAGGGCAGCUGAAGUCAGAACCAAGGAUAGAGCAACUUUCACUAAUGUUUUUGUUAAAAACUUCGGAGAUGACAUGGAUGAUGAAAAACUGAAGGAAAUCUUUAGUGGAUAUGGGCCAACUGAGAGUGUUAAGGUAAUAAGAGAUGCUAGUGGGAAAUCUAAGGGCUUUGGAUUUGUGAGGUAUGAGACGCACGAGGCUGCCCAAAAGGCUGUGUUAGACCUGCAUGGAAAGUCCAUCAAUGGGAAAGUUCUGUACGUAGGGCGAGCACAGAAGAAAAUUGAACGAUUGGCUGAGUUAAGACGAAGAUUUGAACGGCUGAGAUUAAAAGAAAAAAGUCGGCCUCCGGGGGUGCCUAUCUAUAUUAAGAACCUGGAUGAGACCAUCGAUGAUGAAAAACUGAAGGAAGAAUUUUCUUCCUUUGGAUCAAUUAGCCGGGCCAAAGUGAUGGUGGAAGUAGGGCAAGGCAAAGGGUUUGGUGUUGUCUGCUUCUCCUCUUUUGAAGAUGCUACCAAAGCAGUGGAUGAGAUGAAUGGUCGCACAGUGGGCUCCAAGCCCCUGCAUGUCACCCUGGGCCAGGCCAGGCGCAGGUGGUGA